ACUUAUAACAUCUACUUGUAUAAUGUUUGUCGUUUCAUUUAAAAAGUUAUAACCGACAGUAAUAAUGCAUGUUGGUUAUUUCAUCUUUAGUAUUUUCACUCGGUGUACGAAAGCAUUUCAAGUGAUUUGGGUGCAUAAUCUUUUUAUUUUUGAUUUCAUCACUCCAUUUAAUUUAAUUUAUCCAUUUGUUUCCAUGUCCAGAUAUUGAUUGGCUCAAACUUUAAUCUUGCACGGCAAUAAAUCAAUUGAUAUCAGUAUAAGAAUUUUUUUUAAAUUUAAUUUUUAAGGUAUCAACUGUGUGGUUAUUAGCUGGCAUUACAUUAUUUACAUUAAAUUACUAUUAUAUUCUAAGCAUUUUGUGGUGAUUCUGCAAGCUCUCUUUGUCAAUAUUUUUAUUUGUUUGAUUGUUUUAACAAACUUUUAGUGUUUUAAUAUUGUUUAAUGUACAAGAAAAUUAAUUAACCUGAUUAUUAGAAAAUUAUUAUUAAAAUGUAUUCGACAUGUUUAAAUGUUUGUAUAUAUUUUUAGUUAUUUAUUUAAAUUUGAUUUUGUCAGGUAUAUUUCAAAUAAAAAAUUAUUAUUGUAUGCAUAAGUUACAUUUUAAAUUUUGAAUGCAAUUUAAAUCUGUGAACAUAAAUCGAUUUAACUUGGAUUAGUAAAUUAAUUUCAUCAGUGGCGCCGAUCCUGUGGUUCAACUGUAACAAAUGUCAUUGUAAUUUAAGUAGUAAUUUAAAGUAGUGGUGUGCGAGUGUAGACACCUUGGGCUUGAAAUUAAUAAAAGAAACAAAGUAACUACUUAACAUGAAAUAAGAUGUGUCGUGAUGUACUAAGUUUUUUACUUAUAUUUACAAAAUGGACGUCAAUAAAGAAUUUGAUAACUUUCGGUCAAGCAUGAAGAAUUUCAACAUAAAUGUUGCAUCAGAAUUUUUAAAUAGUACUAGCUUUAAUAUAAAAUAUGCUGGGGAAGUAAUAGAUGUACUUGGAAAGGGAUUAACAGAAGAAAAUUUUAAAAAUAGACCUGAUUAUUUUAACUUUUGUGAAAAACAGUUACUUAAAAUGGCAAAUAAUGAAGAAUAUCAAGAGGUAAUUUUUGAUUUUUUGGAUAUAAUUGAAAUGGAUGAUUGUAAAUUAUCAUCAUCUGUUUUAAUCGCAGUAACUGUUUUAGAGAAUACUGAAAAUCCAAAUCGAACAUCUUUAGAAUAUUUGUUGAUUAGUACUUUUAAUAAUUUAAAUGAAAUGAACGUUGCAAAUUUAAAGGAAAUUUUGCUAAGCAUAGUAAAACUUUUAAUAAAACUAAAGAAACAUUUUCAACUUGAACAAUCAAUACUACAUUAUUUUUCUAGAAUUGCUUUCUUAGUGUUACGUGCUAACAUAGAUCCCAUUGAGUAUCUAAACUUAUUGUCUAACAUAAUUUAUGAUCCUUUUUAUUUACUUGAGUAUGAAUUUGAUGAAAAGGAAGAAGAAUUAUACAUGGCUUCAUUUUUUUAUCUAUAUUUUAAAACUGGAAUACAAUGGGGACCUAAAAUCUACAAUCAGUUUUAUGUCUUAGAAAAAUGUUGUAAUUUAGCUAUGUCCGUAUUUGACAAUAAUAAUUUUGGGAAAUCUUUUGCAAAAUUAAUUUUAACAAAAUUUAAAAAUAAUGAAAUUCCAUUACAUUCAUUGAAUAAAUAUCAUGAAAGUUUUUUAUUAGAAGCUGCACAUAGUUCAGUAUAUAAUGAACAUUUGAAUGUUAGGAAGGAAUCAAUUGAGUCAUUGAUGAUAUUCUUGGAUAAAUUAAGCAGUGAUGCUCAGUAUGUAGUUCUUAAGUAUGCAUUUUUGAAACCAUUGGAAUCUUGUAUCAAAGACCAAUUGAUAAUUAAGUUGAAAAACCUGAUUAUAUUAAAAUUACAAUCAAAUCAGGUUCUUGGAUAUUUUCAAGGAACAAGACUUUUAGAACUUAUUCAAUUAUGUUGUAAUAUUCCUGAUAAACCUGGAUGCAAUAUUGAAAAUAUUAAAGAACAUAUUUUGAGCGCUAUAUCACUUAUGUAUUUUUUAUCAACCAAUAACAAUGAAAAGUUGAAUUUGGGUGAAGAAUUUUCAAAUAAAACUAAACAAUUUGUAAACAUCAUUCAAAAUACCAUCAAUGAUGCCCGUGAACAGCACAAUUUUGAGCAAAAAGUUUUAGAUGAUAAAAUUGUUGUAGAAAGCAAAGUAGAAGUAAAUAAUUUAGACUAUUCAAAAUUGUCCAAAGAUGAAAAGAGAAAUAUUUUAUCAAAGAUUUACACAACUAUUACAUUAGUGCAGUUAAAUUUGGAUUUGUUGAAAAGCAUCAUCAAAGACUAAAAGAUAUUUAUGUUAAACAUUUAAGUUUAGUAUUAUGUAUAUUUUUUAUAUUUUACUUAAAUUUAAGUCACCUACCUAUCUUUAUGAUAACCUAUAAAAUUGUUACAGGUUUCAUUGUGUUUACAUAGUUGUUAAAUGUAUUAAGUAAUAUAGUUAUGUAGUAACUAUUUUGGAUUGGUUAUUUGUAAGUUGUUUUUAAAAUAUGAUAAUAUAAUAUGCUGUUUAUUUUUAUUUUUAA